AUAGAGAGCAAGGAGUAUUAAAAAUGUAGAGUGAGUCAGAAUUAAGAAACCAUGGGUAAAACAGUAGCAGCUUCAGAGCAGUUACACAUAGUAAUGAUCCCAUGGUUUGCUUAUGGACACAUUCUUCCCUAUUUUGAGCUUUCAAACAAACUUGCUGAAAAAGGCCAUAAAAUCACCUUGGUAGUUCCAAACAAAGUCAAACUUGAUUUAGAACCAAAGAUCCGUCAUCCUUCCUUAAUCAGCUUACAUGCAUUCACUGUCCCACACAUUGAACCCUUACCUCCGGGGACUGAGACAUGUUCAGACGUCCCCAUUGAACUUCAGCACCACCUUGCUGUUGCCAUGGACAGGGCCCGGCCUGAGGUGGAGUCCAUCAUAUCAGCCAUUGACGAUCCGAAGCCGGAUCUGUUGUUCUACGAUAACGCUUACUGGGUGCCUGAGAUAGCCACAAAGCUGGGGAUGAAGUCUGUGUUUUACCAGAUUGCAUGUGCUUUAAGUAUCACCCGCAUUAAGCAAACCCCGAGUGCGAGUGCGAGUGCGAGUGCGAGUGCCAAGCUCUUCACUUUACCCAAGUGGGUGCUGACGCCUAAGGUGUUAGGCGACGCAAGAGCCAAUUAUGGAGAAGGGAUCACCUAUUACCAGAGAGUGAAGAAGGCUCUAAGUUCCUGUGAUGCUAUCGCCUUACGCACAUGCCGGGAGAUUGAAGGGGAAUCCUCUGAUAUCCUGGCUGCACAAUAUAACAAGCCAGUCUUCUUAACAGGUCCGGUCCUACCCGAGGUUGAAUUCCUCCCCCCUUUGGACAAUUCCUGGGCUGAGUGGCUAGCCAAGUUUGGGCCUAAGUCCGUGGUUUUAUGUUGCUUCGGAAGCCAGUACGUCCCUGACAAGGCUCAACUACAGGAGAUGGCCCUUGCCCUUGAGGAUACUGGUCUUCCCUUCUUGAUGUCCGUUAAGCCACCCACAGAGUGCGCCACCAUAGAGGAGGCGUUGCCAGAAGGGUUCUCAGAGAGAGUCAAGGAACGCGGGGUGGUUCAUGGUGGAUGGGUGCAACAGCUACAAAUACUAGCUCACCCAUCAGUGGGUUGCUUUAUUUGUCAUUGUGGGUACGGGUCAAUGUGGGAGGGGUUGUUGAGUGAUAACCAGCUAGUCUUAUUACCACAGCUUCCUGACCAGUUAAUGAUGGCUCAAAUGUUGGCAGAAAAGCUCAAGGUGGGUGUGAUGGUGGACAGAGAAGAAGAUGAUGGGUGGGUUUCCAGGAAGAACUUGUGCCAAGCAGUCAAGUCUGUCAUGGAUCCUCAUUCCGAGUUUGCAGCUUUACUCAAGAACAACCAUGCUAACUUCAGAGACAAGUUGCUAACCAACGGUUUUAUGGCUAAUUACCUUGAAGUUUUUGACCAGGAUUUGAAACGCUUUCUUACUGCAAAUUAAAAGCUAGGUUCAUGAUAUCAUAGAUUCGGUCAAGUGAUUUCGAGGAGAGUUUCAUUCUCAGGUAGGCUAAUCCACUACGGGUUAGCUUCGUUUGGUCUAUGUAACCUAAAUCGUUUGGUCUUCGUUUGGGACUAAGGCUUUGUUGUUGUUGUUGUUGUUGUAUUUAUAUUUAUGUAGAUUACGUACUCUCUACUUGUUUUGAUGGUUUAUUUGUUAUGGAAUGAUUUCUAUGCCGUUUAUAGUGUA